AUGAAUACUUCCCUGCUGCAAUUUUCUGCUCCGAAACAUCAGCUUGCGAACCAGGUACAAACGUUCGCCCCUCUCAAACAAGCACCAUUAACAGUACCUGAUGUUCCUCAUCUUCAAGUAUUUGUUCGUCUCCGAGAUGACGGCGAUUUAGAUAUUGAUUCCGAAGUCAUGAAGAGGGUAACCUGUCUUGGACCAGAAACCUCUCAAAAACAAGUAUUUGAAAAAACAACACAAGGUACUUUCCAAGCGUUCUUUAGAGGCUUGAGUGUUCUCGUAUUCAGUAUCGGAGCUACAGGAACAGGUAAAACCUAUACCAUGAUUGGUGGAAAACCAGAAGAUCAAACCAUGCUGUUUUAUGAUAAAAGACAUCCGACAAGCAUGCAAGAUGAAAUUUCACUGGAUGGUGAGAAUCGUGGAAUCAUUCCGAGAACCUUUGAAGAAAUAUUUUCUCAAAUUGAACAACGAAAGGAAGAUUCUCUCCAAGUCAGUGCAAGUUUUGUAGAAUUGUAUAUGGAUGAUGCUUUUGAUUUGGUGAAUGAUUUCUCAGUUGCUGACAGCGUGUACAAGAGUGGAAGAGAAAGUACAAUGUCUAUCAGUAGCUUUAAAUCUUCAUCGAGUUCUCUUUCGCAGGCCUUGGACGAACGUCAAAAACUUGAAAUUAGAGGUGGUACCAAUGAACAAGGAUUCUUUGUUGCUGGAGCAAAAGAAGUAGAAAUUAGUAAUGCUGCAGAAGGAAAGGCCUUGGUUAGACACGGUGUCCAAAAACGAAGAAAAAGAGGUCACAAAUUGAAUCAAGAAUCAUCACGAUCUCAUGCCAUCCUCACCAUUAAACUCUUUGAAAAAUACGAAGAGAAUGGAUCAAUGAAGAAGAGGGAAAUAAGCCGUAUGACCAUUGCUGAUCUUGCUGGUAACGAAAGACUCAAUGAAACUGAAACGGGUGACGAAGGAAAACAAGAAUCGAUCAAGAUCAACAAGGACCUUUCUGCAUUUGCUCGAUGUAUCGCUUCUAUGGCAAAAUCAGGACAUCCAAUCUCUUCUCGUGACAAUAGUUUAACAAAGCUCUUAGUGGGAAAGACUGUGAAGGAAACUAAGGUCGUUUCUAUUCUUACCUUCUCUCCUCAACGUCCAGACACCAGCACCAAGGAUUUUGCAAAGAAUGUUUUUUGCAUUUCCAAGCCAUCACAAGACAGGAUAAAGGGCAACAAUACCUCUUUCACAUCCUCUACACAGUCAUCUUUAUCAUAUCAUAACGAGGAGUUGUUAAAACUCAAUGAUGAAAUGUUGACAGCAUUGAAAACCGAGAAAUGUGAACGACAAAUAGAUGAACUUAUCAUUAGAGAACAAGUAAUUAAUGACAUGAAUGAAUCUAUGAAUUGUUUGGAGACAGUUCUAAACCAAGAAUCUGAAAUCAAAAUGCAAGAAAUGCAGGAAAAGCACAAUCUAUAUCGAAAACAAAUGGCCCGUGAAAUAUCCAACUUGAAAACUCAAUUAAGAGAAAGUCAACAAAAAUACCAUGACUUGCAAACGAACGCCGACAUUGUUGGACGUAAAUACAUUGAGAAAAAAGAGGAAAUAACCCGACUUCAAUCAACACUCAAAGAAUUGCAAGAGAAUAAUGAGAGAAUUCAAAAACAAUAUGAACAUUUGCAACAACAAUACAACCAAGUGCAACAACAAAAUGAGAAUGACAAUUUGAUCACUGAACGACUCAAAAGUGAGCUAGAACGUCAACGAGAACAAUAUACAGUAUUGUUAGAGCAACAACAGCAAAAGUAUGAGAAAAUUCUCGCCACUCAAACCCAACAACACGACUCUGAAAAGAAGGGCCUUCUCGACAAGCAUCAAAGUGAAAUUGAAGACUACAACUCAAAAAUCACUAAAUUGCAAAAGAAGUUAAAAAAAAACGACGAGUAUGUGGCGCAAAUUAAAGAAAAGAUGGAAGAACUUGAACAAGCAAAAGCUGAAGAAGAAAAAGCAAAAGCAUCUUCGUCUACUUCGUUUUUUGGCAAAGUCGUCAAUAGUUUCUUUUCAUCAUCAUCCAAAUCAGAAGACCUUCCUGAAGAGAUGACUGAAAUUCUUAAUUGCACUACUUUUGAAGAAAUUAACAAGUACAAAGUACCGUUAUUAUUGGCCUUUUGUAAAAAACAUGGCAUGAUAACUAAAGGUCAAUCUACAAAAAAGAACGACCUUAUUAACCUGAUUUUGCAAUUCAACCAGGAACCUAAGAUGGUAGUGGAUCUCACUGACGAUGAAUCGAAUCAAAGAAAGAGAAAACAUGACCUUAAGGAGGACGAAAGGUUGGAUGAAUCUCCUUCUAAGAAAAAUAAGAUGGACGACGCAGAAGAGGUUGUUGUUGUGAAAAAGAAGACCACCAAAGCAAGAAGAAAAAAGAAAUAA